AACAAGAUCAGUGCGAACCACCUUUGUUCGAAGCAAAGUGACCUCCUCCUUCCUUCCCCCCGGGGGAAGAGGAAGAGCAGAACUGAGCUCUUUCCUUUGCGAAAGAGGAGGAAGAGAUCUACAACUCCUCUUUAUCCCUCCGACCCGGUCAACCUGUCCCAGGGCAGCUCCCUCCCCAUGAAUAUGUUCUACGCCCUAAUGGUCCCACUGCGGCUCGAUUGUCGGCUUUUCCUCCGAGCGCAUUCGUCCUUCCCCACUUAGCUUCUAACAUGGAGCGCUUCUUCUUGCCCCAAGGAAUGAACGAAGUGCUAGUCGGUUUGGGCAUAUUGCCCAUAGUGCGACCAAAAGGACAACUGAAAACCCCGGCCGCCUGCACUCGGCGCCAAGCUGAUUUCGACGCUGCCUCGGUUGACCGUCUUCUCUCCCUCCUCGAAAAAGAGUCGUUGCUUGCGAACUGGACUUUGUUCGCUCGAGAAACCGCUUUCCAAACCGGAUUGGAGCUAGUUAGCAGUGCUCACUCCCCUGAGGAACAAGAAGCGCUCGAACAAAUCUUGGAAGGAGCUUGGGGUGACCACGUCUGGCUAGGCCCACACCUGGACGUAUACGAAGGCGCCAUCCACCUGUUAUACGCAGCGCUACGACGGAGGGGUCGAUCCUAUGCCAGAGAACCCCGGUUCUUGGCUAUUCAGUGUUGGGAAAACCAGCUAGGACGCCAGAAUUGGCGAACUCAUAUCAACUUGCAUGAUUGGGAUGCGAGCAGGAGCCUCCCCUUGAGACUGGGACCUUCUGUUUCCCCAGCAGUCCGUCUUCAACCCUUUUGCUGGCCGCCGUGGCUUUCCAGUGAAGAAGUCCCUCUCUUGGGUUGCCCUUCAUUCGACCGUGAAUUCAAGUUUCUGUCGGAUUUCCUCAUCAAGGGAUUUUGUGACUCGCCAAACGAUUACACGACCUGGGUGCGACUCGCCGAGUCAUACAGUAAUAGCAAAGGCCGAACGCUCUUUACGGCCUUCGACUCUCCCGGCAGUCAACGAUCAGACGAUCCCACACCUCUCAUGGCAACAUCACGAACCAAUUUCCGCCUGGCCGAGGAUCGUAGAGACCGGACGGAGAGGAACAAUCGCAUCACUUGGGAGAUACAUUGUUCACGCUCCCCGGAGCGGAGAACAGAUUCGAACUGGCGCCAUCCUUCACGGGAGAGGGAAGCCCCCGCCAUCCACCAGACAUCCUCAGGGUAAUCAAUCCAGUCAUCGUGCCCAUGACCCUGGAUGGUAUGCGUGCGAACCCUCCAUUCGCUCGCCGUACUC